AUGGGGACCGACGACGAAGAGAAUUCAGUGCCACUGCAAGAAAUGGCACAAGUCGUUGAUGAAGUACCACGAGGACCAAAUAAACAAGAAUGUGUGGUUCCAGAAACAAAGGAAUCGUCUUGGAGUUGGGUCUAUCGCUUCGUCCAAGAUUGGCUAUACACAAAUGUUAUUGGAUUUUUGGUGGUGUCCUAUUGGCGAGGAACCUGGGUGCUACUGGACAUUUGGACUUGCGGGCAGCCCAGUAACGCCAGCUUGCUGGCUGGGGACUCUUUCUGUUUCGCAGCAGUUGAAUCUGAAUCAGAAGUACGAUUUCAAAGUGCAUGGCAGACGUAUCUGAUCGGUUCGAUAUUGCUGAUAAUUGGAUUUGUCAUGGUGUGGCGAGGCUGGUGGAAGAGUACAACAGUACCUCUUCGAAAAUCUGUUCUUCGUAUCUUGAUUGUAUACAUUCUAGGUUUUGCCACGGUCAAUACCUGGCACGGCAUUUGGUACCUUCUCGAUCGGUGGUUCCUGAGUGAUGUGGGUCCUGUGACCAAUUUCGGAUGGAGUGCUGGUCUAGGAGCCCUCGUGUGCUAUGCCCUAUGCUCCGGUGCUAGUUUGCUGGCUCCACCCGCAAUAUUCUUGGUGGACGGACCAGAAAAAUAUUCCCCGCCAUUGGCAAACACAAUCGUGAAUUCGUAUCGAUCCAUAUCUUUGCCAGCUGGGAAAGCCAAGAAUGAUGAAGAUCCUUUUUGGUUGAUGGGACUUGAUAUGUUCUUUAGCUUUAUUAUCCUGCCAUGGGGCGUGGUUGCGUUUUGGAGGGGAUUCUGGUAUCUGAUGGAUGAGUCUCUUUGGGGAUUCACUGACAGUGUUGAAGAUGUACGAAUGUCCAUCCUGUGGAGCUACCUAAUCGGACUGGGAUUUUUGUUUCUCGGGAGCGAAGAUGUAGUCAUGCACAUUCCCACCGAAAUACCAACCAAUCCAACGUCGGGAAAGGCAAUGAACUUUUUGGCUGGUCGUUUUCGGACGGUGAUUCUCGCUGUGGGAGUGGUGAACUUUUGGAGAGCAGUAUGGCUACUGUGGGAUGAAUACCUUGGUAAAACAUCUGUAUUGUCCGCUGGAUUGUCGCAUGCAAUUGGCGUCAUCCUUCUGCUAUGUUUUGGUUGCCUGUCAUGCAUCACAGCCCCACCAUCGACGCUUGGUGUUGAUGCCGUUGCCCAUCCAGAUUGUGCGGAUGAGCCUCUAUUUCAUGAUGUACCAAUCCCAGCAGAGGCCCUUUAUUUCUUUGGCAUUGGUCGCUCACCACUCACUGUGGCCAUUCAUGAGAAUUUCGAUGAAGUUGCAUCCGAUGAAAUCCAGCUGAUAGCUCCAAGACCUUCAUUUAUGCGACAGAGCGCUGCAGGGCUGGAACCAGCCAAUCGUAGCAGCUCAAUCAGCGCCAGUUCAUUGUCGAAACGUCACUUGCUCAAGCGGCAAAAGAACCAAUUCUUCCGCAAUCGGUAG